AUGACAUGCUAUGAUAUUGAUAUUCAAGGAUUUAUUAAUAGAAAUCUUAAAAAUUCAAAAUUAAAUGAUUUUACUGAAAAAUCAUUUGCCACCUACUUAGAUUCAUUAGAGGAAUUAAAAUGUUUAAGAGAUGACUUUCAUUAUCCUAAAAUGGGUAAACUUCCACAUGUUGAUCAUUCAUUAGUUAAUGAUGAUGAUGAUUCAAUUUAUAUGUGUGGAAAUUCUUUAGGUCUUCUUCCUAAACCAACCCAAGAUAUUAUGAAUAAACAAUUUAAAAAAUGGGCUGAAGUUGGUGUUUUUGGGCAUGUAGAUGGUGAAUUACCAUGGGCAUUUGGAGAUGAAUUGUUGUUGGAUGGUGUAGCAAAAAUUGUUGGAGCUUUACCUAAUGAAAUAUCAAUGAUGAAUGGAUUAACUGUUAAUUUACAUUGUCUUCUUACAUCAUUUUACAAACCAACAUCAAAAAAGUAUAAAAUUCUUUUAGAAGCAAAGGCCUUCCCAUCUGAUCAUUAUGCAAUUCAAAGUCAAAUUGAAUUAAAAGGUUUAAAAGCUGAUGAUUGUAUGAUAUGUCUUGAACCAAGAUCUGGAGAAGAUACACUAAGAACUGAAGAUAUAAUUAAAAAAAUUGAAGAAGAAGGUGAUUCAAUUGCUAUAAUAUUACUUCCAGGAAUACAAUAUUAUACAGGUCAAUUAUUUGAUAUUGAAAAAAUUACAAAAAAAGGUCAUGAAAAAAAUUGUAUUGUUGGAUGGGAUUUAGCACAUGCUUUUGCUAAUGUUCCAUUAAAACUUCAUGAAUGGAAUGUUGAUUUUGCUGUUUGGUGUACCUACAAAUAUGCUUGUACUGGUGCUGGUGGAUUAGGGGGGUUGUUUUUGCACAAUAAAUAUUAUGAAGAUUCUAGACCAAGGUUAGUUGGAUGGUGGGGUCACAAAGCUGAUACUCGAUUUGUUAUGGAUAAUAAAUUAGAUCUUGAUAAUGGACCAAGUGGAUAUAGAAUAUCAAAUCCACCAUUUAUGCUUGUUGUAGGUGUAUUAGGAUUUUUAGAAAUAUAUAAAAAAACAAAUAUUGAAAAAAUGAGACAAAGAAGUAUAUAUUUAACAGGUUAUUUCGAAAGUUUAAUCAAUUAUUAUUUUAAUUUAAAUAGUAAAACAAGAGCUAUUAAAAAAGUUAAUUGUGAAAUAAUAACUCCAAAAGAUCCAUUACAACGUGGUUGUCAAUUAAGUUUAAAGUUUAAUUUUGAUAUAGGUAUUGUUUAUAAUCAACUUAUUAAACAUGGUGUUGCUGUUGACAAAAGGUAUCCCAAUGUUAUUCGUGCCACACCAGUCCAUUAUUACAAUACUUUUACUGAUGUCCAUUCUUUUGUCAAUGUUCUUAUUAAAUCACUUAAAACAGUUGAAGAAGAUUUACAAUUUCAUUGA